ACUCAGACUUCUCAUAGCGAUAGUUGAAAUUGUCUUCUUCUCAACGUCUACUAUGUCUUAUAGCGGUCCAAGUCAUUCAGCAAAAAACGCUAAUUCGCAAGAGCCUAAGCUACCUUCAACGCUUUAUUGCUAUGGCUGUGAAAAAGACAAGCCUAUUCACUCGUUCUCGAAAACACAAGUUACAAAGGCCAUGUCUAAUAUUCAUAAUCGCUACGCGCCAAAAGGUAGAACCACGAAAAGACAUCAUACAACUUGCAAGCAAUGCACUCCUCAGCAAAAUACUUCUUUGACCUGUAUGGUUUGCACCAGAACCAUGCCAUUGGACAAGUUUGCUAAAGCUCAAAGAAAGAAUGCAGAGAAAGCGAGAUGCAUUGACUGCAUGAAAAAGCAACAAGAAGAAGAUACAGAUGACAGUGAAGACUUCGAUGAUUCAGAUGAAGGUCCUUAUAAUGAAACAUGGGAUGAUAUCUUGUAA